UCGCGGAGCUGUCCAGCACUUCAGGAGGAGCCGCGCCGGGAGGGGCCGGGCCGGGCCGGGCCGAGCCGAGCGGGACCGAACGGGGCCGAACGGUACCGAGCGGGGUCGAGCGGCUCCGGCAGCGCCCGGCAGCAACGGCUCCGGGCCGGGCCCCGCGGGGAGAGGCGGUGCUGGUGGCGAGCCCACCCGCAGCAGCAUGGCUCUGUACAACAACGGGGCCGAAGUGCCUUCACCCCAGGAAGCUUCCAAUGGCUUCCCACAGCCCGGAGCCUCGGGAACGUGGCACAAGGGGGAGGAGGAGGCGCGCCUGGCGGAGCCCACCCUGGUGAAGAAGGCCCACAGGGAGAUCCUGGACCAUGAGCGCAAGCGGCGCGUGGAGCUCAAGUGCAUGGAGCUGCAGGAGAUGAUGGAGGAGCAAGGGUACUCCGAAGAGGAGAUCCGGCAGAAAGUGGGGACCUUUCGGCAGAUGCUGAUGGAGAAGGAAGGGGUGCUCACCAGGGAGGACCAGCAUGGGCGCCAAAUCGUGAUCGAAAACCACCACGGCGUGGAUGGGGAGGAGUACGCGGUGGAGUACCCCGACUCCGGCGAGGGCUGCCUGCUGCAGUGCGACUGCUCGGCCGAGUGCUACCGCGAGGACAGCGGCCACCGCGAGUACAGGCUGAAACGGCGCUCGAGCAGCUCCACCUCUCCUCCACCCAAGAAGAAGAAGAAGAAGAAAUCCGGUCACCGCCGGAGCCGCAAAAAGAGGAAACCCGGCUCGGAGCGCAGCUGCGACAGCUCUUCACCCAUCCGCAAGGAAAAGAAAAAGAAGACUGGAAAGAAACAUAGACGCGAUAGGUCUGAGUCGGGGUCACGGAAGAAGAGAAGACACAGGUCCCGGAGCCCCAAGAGCAAACGGAAAGAGAGAAACAAAGAGCGCAAGAGGUCCCGCAGCGAGUCCCCGGCCUGGCGCUCGCACCGGCGCAGCUCCUGCAGCUCCCACAGCGCAUCGCUCUCCUCCGAUGGCAGCAGCUCCAAAUCCCCCGGCAGGCUGAGCCCCAAGCGCCGGCAGGAUGGCCCUAAGGGCAGCAGCGCCCGCUCCAGCCGCAGCCGGUCCUCGCCCUCGCCGCAGCGCUCGGCCUCGCCGCACCAGAACGGGCACAAAGGCAGCGCCCAGAACGGCCGGCACAGCCACGGCGCCCCGCUCCCGGAGCCCUCGGAUAGGCCAGCCUCGGCGUCCCCCUCUCCGCGGGCUCAUGGCAGGACGGACCCAGCGUCCCCCCGUACCCGGGGGGGCCGACACGCUGCCCGCAGCCCCCGCUCGCCCAGCCCGGAGCGGGGCAAGCACGGCCACCGGCACCGGUCCCGCAGCGCAUCGUCACCGCCGCCGCCGCGCCACCGCGGCCAGAGCAAGGGCCGGCCCCCGGCCCCUCGGGAACCGGCCGGAGCCGCGCUCAGCCCAGCCGGAUACAGCAGCGACUCGGAGGGCUCGGCGGGAUCGGGAUCUCAUCCCUACCACCCGCCGCUCGGCGCCGACAGGAACCACGGAGCCAAGAAGGUGAAGAACAGGCACCACCGGGGCCGGCCCAACAGCAGCUCGGAGUCAUCGGCCAAGCACUCCCGGCACGCCUCGGAGCGCAGGAAGAGCCCUUCGCCCAGCCCCGGCCAGCGCAGCACCUCCUGGAGCUCCAGCGGGUCCCUCUCCAAGUCCCGCUCCCGCUCCCGGGACAAGAGAGCAGGACGCAGCCGGUCCCGCUCGCCCUCACCCAAGAAAACAGCCAGCAGAGAGAAGGACAACGAGCCCCGAACACGCCACGGUGACCCCGAUCCCACCCGCGCCCGGCGCCGCUCCAGGAGCUACUCACCCAUCAGGAAGAGGAGACGCGACUCCCCCAGCUUCAUGGAGCCCAGGAGGAUCACGAGGUCCCUCUUGGAGAGCAUCGCCGCCAGCCUGGCUCCCAGGCGCUCGCAAGCGUCCCAUCCCUUACUACCGCCCCAGCCCCUCGUCCUCCAGCUCGCUGAGCACCUACUCCUACAGCCGCAGCCGCAGCCGCAGCUACGACAGCUACAGCAGCAGCCGCAGCCGCAGCCGGACUCGCAGCCCCCCCAGCCGCUCCCGCAGCCCCAGCCGCAGCCCCAGCUACAACAGCCGCAGCAGCUCCGAGAGCGCCGGCUUCUGAGCCCGCUCCGGGACCCGGACACGGAGCCCCGAUGGGGACCGGCACCACCGGGGGAGGUGGAAAAGAGCUGCGGGGGUGCUGAGGAUGGACCUGGCGGCGAGGGAGAACGGGGCUUGGAAGCUCAAUGGGUCCUUGGGGGUGAUAUCCCCCACCCCCUACUCCCCGAUGGGGUGUGCUGGGGGUCGGGAUGGGGUAGGGGGGGAAUUGAAUCUCUUCUUGUUACAGUGAGCACUGGGAUGGGGUGAGCACAGAGCGAGGGAACAAACUGCUCUUGGGGGGAAUGGGACACUUCCCCCCCCCCCCCCGUGUGCUGUUUUGGGUUGGUUUGGUGCUUUUAGCACAAUUGUAUCCUUGGGGGGGGGGGGAGGUUGAAGGGGCCUCUUCAGCCCAGAGUGAUGCAGGCAGAGGUGAGCCCCAACUCUCUGCUGGCCAAGGUGUCCCCGUGGUGCCCAUUUGCCCCCCCCCAGACCCAAGCGCACCCCGAGCCAUGGAUGAACAAAAGCCGGUGGCACCCACGAGUCUCUUCACAAGUGGGGACCACCUCUUUAGGUUAAUGCUGCUCAUCCC